AUAACAUUUUAAUUAAUUGUUGCUUGUGGGCGUUUCAAAGUAGGUGUGGCUCAAAAUGGGAGCAAGCAGUUCCAGUGAACUUCCCUGGAGCAAUGGAGCGAGUCUCUCUGCUGGAAGGGAAGGGGAGCCUAUGGGAGAGAAAGAAGAGAGAGAGUUACAGAGUCUAAGGGACAAGCUUUUCCCUCCAGGAGACUCUAAAGAUUUCCUCAAAGACAAAUCGCCUUCACUAGUUUAUUCAGAUGCAAAUGGAUUCAGGCUCUAUGUUGGCUCAGUUAUUCAUGCAAACAAUGUGCCAACACUACAAGAGAUUGGCAUAACUCGUAUUGUUAAUAUGGCGGCCACUGAUUCUGUUGCUACCUCAUCAUCAAAGAGUCAAGAUUUUAAGACAUUGUUGAUUGGUGCAUCGGAUUUGAAAUCUUAUGAUCUCUCUCAGCAUUUUGAUGAAGUAACAGAUUUUAUUGAUAAAGGGAAGGAGGAAGGAGCUGGAGUGUUUGUACACUGUAUGGCUGGAGUUAGUAGAUCAGUCACUGCAUGUAUCUGUUGCUUCCUUAAUGAGAUAUUGUGGUAUGUCACUGAGUGAUGCUGCUCGUCAAGUGCGUAGUCACAGGCUACAAGCCUAUCCUAAUGUAAGAUUUAUAAAGAGCUUAUUGCAACUAGAGAAACAAUUAAAACAUGAAAGGAAAUAUAACUGUUUUUAUGACAUCAAAUUACAUGUAUGACAAAAUGUAUCAUGUACACAAACACUUGCUUUAAUUUUGAAAUCAUUAUUAAUUUUUGUGUAAUUUUGAUCAUUUUAAAUAGAUACAAAAUGGAAAUGCA